ACCUCCAUCUGUGUAAAAACCGGUACCUGCUCCGUGAAAGCAGAAAGCGACGACACACACAGACACACAUGCCUUCAAGCAGAGUUUUACCCUCUCUAUAAACUUUCCACUGUUCGUUUUAAGCUGUCUGACAGCAGCCAGUUUGUCAUUUGUUCAGCUAAACUCACACAAGGCCCGACAUCGAGCUGGGCGCUGUCAUAACUCGUCCAGUUGUGUCGCGACAUUUUCCGUAGGAAACGACCAAAAACAAACCAUUAAAAAAAUCGUUUUUGUUGUUCGGUUCUUGGAGCUGCCUGCUGGUGCCUUCACUGACAUGUCUACAAACCCUCCCGGACAAGCUUUCCCAAACAAGACCCGAGUGGCGAUCCUGGCUGAGCUGGAGAAGGAGAGGAGACGGCUGAUGCAGAAUCACACUCUGAAUACUCCCGGAGCGAGCAUCUCGCUGUCCAGACCCAGCAUGAAGGAGUUCAGAGACAACGCAGAACAGCAGCACAUCGCCGCCCAGCAGAAAGCUGCCCUGCAGCACGCACACGCACAUUCAUCGGGCUUCUUCAUCACUCAGGACUCGUCGUUCGGAAACCUCAUCCUCCCCGUCCUCCCUCGCCUGGAGCCGGAGUCGUGACCUCUAGCCUUCGACCUCCCCUUUUCCUCUGCAUCCCCGCCGAGUCAGUAUCUGUUUUCAGACGUCUGUCGCAAACAAUCUCAGGGGAGAACAAUCACAACCGGUUUACAUUUUUUUAUUCGAACGAAUGAAAUCUAGAACAGUUGGAAGGUGAUUCCAAAUCACCGUUCUCCUGUAAAUUGUCUUUGUCAGGUAUGUAACAAGGACAAGCUGUUACGGCACCAAACACACUGCAGUCAAUGAAACACAGAUUUGUAUCUGCUUUUAAAUCCUGCUCAAUAAACAGU